CAUUAUUACGCAGCGUUGGUCGAGUUUGACUCAGCAUACGCACUCCGACAGCCUGACUUUAAAGAUCAAUAAACCAUCAUAGCCAGGAUCAAGUGAACGCUGCACGCAGGAACGCACUCCGGGAAGCUCAUUCGACAUUUGAUACCGCUAUCUUCCGAAAAACCAAAGGUGACUACUCCUACGUGAAAAUGAGCUACGAGAAUCCUCCACCAUAUACAGGCCCAGGUGCCCCUGUUCCAGGUUACCCUCCUGCCAGCGCUCCUGGCUAUCCACCUCAGGGCUAUCCACCUCAGGGCUAUCCACCUCAGGGAUACCCACCUCAAGGCUACCCCACUCAGGGCUAUCCACCUGGUCCUGAGCAAGGACCAUACCCUAACUACCCUGCUGCACCACCGGGUUCGUACCCUGCCCAACCUGGCUAUCAGGGAUAUCCAGUGCCUCCUCAACCAGGGUAUGGAGGACCGGUGUAUGGGGAGCCUCCCAAAAACACAGUGUAUGUUGUGGAACAAGAUCGACGGGGCGAUUCAGGAGAUCAGGCGUGUCUGACCGCCUGCUGGACGGCUCUGUGCUGCUGUUGUCUCUGGGACAUGUUGACUUAAUCUGUCUUCAGCAAAGCCCUCAUCUGUAAAAACCUUUUCCCUCUGUAUUUAUGUAUGACUACUGCAAAAACAAUGAUCCAAUGAAAGAAAGAGCGAUGUGUGUUUUUGUUCAGGGAUUUUACAUGGUCCAGUUUGGAUUACUUCAAUAAAUUCAAUGCUAUGCACUGAGACAUUUAUAGAAAUGCAAUCCUAGUUCUAGACAUAUGUAAACUGAGCUGUUUUUUUAUUUUUAUUUUAUUUUAUGUAGCCAAAAGCAAAUAAAUAGCUAGAAUUCAAAUUGUCUACAGGUAUAGAGCUGAAGGAUGAUGAACAUGGUUGAUGAAUGCAUGUUUUUGUUCAGUUUAAAGCCAAGGGUUUCAUUGGGGGUAAAAACUGUUGAGGAAAAUACUGUCAGAAUUGUCAGAAAUUUCUACUCGUUAAUGUAUACUAAAUAAAAGCCACAGUUUUUGA